ACCAAGAAAGAGAAACUUAGAGAGAAAGAAAAAAGAGAUAAAAUGGGGGGAGGGUUUAUGAAUAGUGUGAAACCAUACUUAUCAAUGAUAUCUAUGCAAUUUGGUUAUGCCGGUAUGUACAUAAUCACCAUGGUCUCUCUUAAGCACGGCAUGAACCAUUACAUCCUAGCCGUUUAUCGCCAUGCAAUCGCCACCGCCGUCAUCGCUCCGUUUGCUCUUUUUCAUGAAAGGAAAAUAAGGCCCAAGAUGACUUUCCGAAUAUUCCUCCAAAUUGCGCUGCUCGGUUUUAUUGAGCCGGUGCUGGAUCAGAACCUCUACUACGUCGGGAUGACUUACACGUCCGCAACUUUCGCUUCUGCUACGGCUAAUGUCCUUCCCGCCAUCACCUUCGUCUUGGCCAUCAUUUUCAGAUUAGAGAGUGUGAACUUUAAGAAGGUACGAAGCAUAGCCAAAGUUGUGGGAACGGUGAUCACAGUCUCCGGAGCACUUCUCAUGACUCUCUACAAAGGUCCAAUAGUUGACUUUAUCAAAUUCGGAGGUGGCGGAGGAGGAGAAGGAAGCGGGGACAGUGCCUCCCACGGUGGUGCAGGAGCGGCGGCGAUGGACAAACACUGGAUUCCGGGAACACUUAUGUUGUUGGGAAGAACUUUCGGUUGGGCCGGUUUCUUCAUUCUACAAUCGUUUACACUGAAGACGUACCCAGCUGAGCUGUCACUAACAGCGUUAAUAUGUUUAAUGGGAACGUUAGAAGGAACCGCCGUCUCGUUGGUAACGGUACGUGACUUGAGUGCUUGGAAGAUCGGCUUCGACUCUAACCUCUUCGCCGCCGCAUACUCCGGUGUGAUAUGUUCGGGAGUAGCGUAUUACGUGCAAGGAGUAGUGAUGAGAGAAAGAGGACCAGUUUUUGUUGCGACAUUUAAUCCACUUUGUGUCGUUAUAACUGCUGCUCUUGGUGUUGUUGUCUUGUCUGAAAGUAUUCAUCUCGGAAGUGUGAUUGGAACGUUAUUUAUAAUUGUGGGACUAUACACUGUUGUAUGGGGCAAAGGCAAAGACAAGAGAAUGACCGAUGAUGACGACGAAAUGAGCAAAGGACUUCCGGUUAAAAGUCCGGUUAAACCGAUAGAUACCGAUAAAGGCUUAGCUGGAGAACAGGAGAUGGAAUCAAAGGAAGGACAUGAGACGAAUAAGGUCACACAAGUUGAGGUUUGAGGACUCAAGCUGAGAUAUGAUAAUACUAAUGUGUUAAACGGUGA